CAGUUCAACCGAUUCGCUUGCAUCGUUUACAGUCGAGUAAAUAUGAAGAGUCAAGUAGUAGCUCUUGAUAUACAAAAAACAUGAAAAAUCGCAGUUUGGUUCAUUUUUUUUAGUUUUCAAAUUGUACUUUUAAUCAAAUAUUGAACGAUUUAUUUGUGUUUCAACAUGAAUUUUCUGUAUUUUGUUUGGUUUCUGAUACCAAUAUGUGCUUCGCAUUCGAGCGUGCAUUACCUUGAGCCGGGUGAUACCAAAACUUAUGUGUCGGACAAACGAUUUGGUUCAUUCGAACCGGAUUUACAAAUUUAUUGUUUUCGCGGCCAGAGUAAAUCAAUUGCGGCAAUAUUUCAGAGUUUAAGAUUUCGCAUAAACAUCGAUAACGAUGAUUUUGUACAGUUUGAUGGCGAAUCGCCGGACGAAGUUAGAACCCACUAUGAAAAUCAACGAACGAUUUUUUCAUUCAAUAUGAUGAACGUUGGUAAACGAAAAUUGAUUAAAAUCGAUCCAUUUAAUCAAACAUGCGUUGGCGUUGAAACAGCGCACAAUUACACCAUUCAAUUGAACAUUGUACGCAUCGACUUUGCAAAAAUCAUUCUACUUGGUGUCGGUUUAAUUCUUUUCUUCUAUGCAAGAACAUUGAGUCAAACGCCACUUUUUUACUACCUUACUGGCAUCUUUUUGGGAGUUUUCGCAUCAUUUUUGGUUGUCGUUUACUUUAGCAGUAAAUUAAUUCCGAAGAAACCGGCCAUGUAUGGAAUGCUCAUCGGGGGUUGGACUGUGGGUAUCUAUUUUAUUCAAAUGAUCGUGGAGAAUUUGCAUACGAUUCUCUUUGUUUAUCAAACAUAUGUGUUCUGGUAUGUCAUUGUGACGGGAUUUUUAAGUUUCGUCAUCUGCUAUCGAUUGGGACCGCCAAAAAAUCAACGCAGCAAAGAUUUAAUAAAAUGGAGUCUUCAAUUUGCUGCCAAUAUUAUGAUAUUCUUUUCGAGUAACUAUCGCGAGGCGUCGGUGAGCAUUAUGAUUAUUACGAUCUCCACCUAUUAUUUUCCACUCGCUCUCUUACGAAAAAUUCAAGGAUUUUGGAUUCGACGAUUUCCGCCCAAGCCACGAUUAUUGUCAAGCGAUGAAUUCCAUGCCCAAUCGGUUUUGGAAACAACAAAAGCGCUUGAAGAUCUUAAAGCAUUUUGCAGCAGUCCAGAAAGCAAACCAUGGCGAAUGAUGACUCGUUUGAAAGAUCCACAACGAUUUGCAUCAUUCGUUGAAGGUGGGUCACAUUUAAAUGACGAUGAAAUGUUGGAAUAUGAAACGACGCAGAUUGAACUUGAUUAUGAAAUCAAUACAGACGAUGAAGACGAUCUCAUGACCGAUUCGGACUCCGACAAAUAGAAUCAACUAAUUUCAUUUUCUCUCAUUACUACUUACAUCUACAUCUAAUCACAUUCAUUUCAACGAAAUUUGCCCCAAUCAAUAAGAAUUCGAGUCAAUUACUGUUUAAGAAUUUAAAAAAUAACCCAAAAAGGUGUUCGUUAAACAUUUGUUACGAUAAAAAUGUAUUAAUAAAAAAAGAAAAGGCAUUUUUUCAAUUUAUUCA